AUUUAAUCCCGAGAGUUUAUUUGUCGCUCAACACUGUCUUUUCGAGCCAAUAUAAAUACUGCCUGCCUAUAGAAGCUGAAAACCCAAAAUUCCAAACCCUAAAAUCCCAACCCCAAAUCUUGCUAUGGCUAUGGAAAAACAAACGACAGUGAAAACACUUCCAGCAGACUUAGUGUCCGAGAUUUUCCUGUGGCUGCCAGUGAAGUCUCUCUUGCGUUUCAGAGGCGUUUCGAAAUCAUCGUGCAGCAUGAUCGAUGACCCAAAUUUUAUCAAGCAACAUCUCGAGAGAUCCAUGGAAACCAAAACAAAUCGCAAAUUGAUAAUCCAGGAAGGAAAAGAAAACGAUAGCCCGUAUGUGCCUGAGGAAAUUUAUGCCAUAAAUUUUGAUAAGGAACCCCAAGAACCCAGGUUGCUCAAUCACCCAUAUGAAGAAAGGUUAGACACGAUAAUAUAUGGUUCUUGUAAUGGUUUACUUCUCUUAUUCAUAAAUGAGAGACUUGCUUUAUGGAAUCCAUUCACUAGGCAGUGUAAGAAGCUACCUCUUUCUCCUCUUUGUCUAUGGAACUGUGCAUUUGGAUUAGGCUAUGAUUAUGCCAGCGAUGACUACAAAGUUGUGAAAAUUUCAGUGGAUUCUAAACCAAAUCGACUUUGGGUUUUCAGUUUGAAAUCCAAUUCUUGGAGGAGCCUUCCGGAUUUCCCUUACACUGAUUAUUCCAUAUCUUCCAUUCUUAGUGGAGGAUUCUUAGCUAACGGUGCCUUGCACUGGCUAUUGUUGGAAAAAAAUGGGCCGGAGGUAAUCAUUGCUUUUGAUCUAGCUAAUGAGACGUUUUGCGUGGUGCCACAACCUGUGUACGGCCCUCGACCGAGUAGCCAUCAACCAAUUACAGAUUUGCACGUUUUAGAAGGUUGCCUCUGUAUGAGCAAAAUAACUUAUGUGGGAAACGACUGUGAACAUGAAGAGUUCGACCGUUCACAGUUUUUUGAGCUCUAUGUUAGAGAAAACCAUGGAAUUGGGUUUAUUUGGAGAAAAUUAUAUGCUGAUUUUCAAGGGCUGUUUGACCUGCAACCUUUAGCAUACUCAAGCUUCAACCUCUGGUUACUUGAUACAGAGGGGAAGGAAAUUAUUUGUUAUGACCUCCAUGAGAAGAGAGACGAAAGGGUUCAGAUUAGUAUUGAUCUGCCUUAUGAGUACAAUUCUUUCGUCUGUUGGGAAAGUCUUGUGCCACUUGGUGAUGGAAGUGAAUUCGACGGAGAUAUUUCUUGGGAAACUCCAAAUUAUUGGGAAUUUGAUGAUAUAAGUUCAGAAUAAGUAUAGCAUUCACUUAGGAGAAUUUAUGUUUAUUUUUGUCAAAAUAACUGUUUUCCUUGUAAUUCUAAAUAUU